AUGGAGGGAAACCAGGCGAACCAACCGCCGCCGUUUUUAAUAAAGACGUACGACAUGGUGGAAGACCCGACGACGGACCAUGUAGUGUCGUGGAGUAGUGGUAACAACAGUUUCGUCGUGUGGAACCCUCCCGAGUUCGCCAGAGACCUCCUGCCGAAGUACUUUAAACACAACAACUUCUCGAGCUUCGUCCGCCAAUUAAACACUUACGGGUUUCGCAAGGUGGAUCCAGACCGAUGGGAGUUCGCCAACGAGGGUUUCCUGCGAGGCCAGCGACACCUCCUUCGCACAAUCCAGCGUCGCAAGCCCGCGUCGCAGACGGGAGCAGCGACGAACGCCUCUCUCCCCCACGGCCACCCGCACUCCCCCGCGUCGCUCCACGGCGCGCUCCCCGUCCCCGCGUCGCCCAGCCUAGUCGAGGUCGGCAAGUUCGGCCUAGAAGGCGAGGUGGAGAGAUUAAAGCGCGACAAGAACGUUCUUAUGUUGGAGCUGGUGCGGCUGCGGCAGCAGCAGCAGCAGCAGGCGAGCACGAUGCAGGUGAUGGAGCAGCGCGUGGCGAUGAACGAGCAGCGGCAGCAGCACAUGAUGACUUUCCUCGCGAAAGCCGUGCAGAACCCCGCGUUCCUCGCGCAGCUCAUGCAACACCAGACGGACCACGCGAAGCGCACCCACUCGCACGCCGCCAUGGGGCGCAAGAAGCGCAGGAUUUCCAAGCAGGACGGCGGAAACUCCCCGCCCUCGGGCUCCUCCUCCCCCAGUCUGCACCCCGAGGGGCAGAUUAUCACAUUCUCCCCCGCCGCAGCUGACCCGUCCAUGUUCCUUCUAGAGCAGUUCUUUCCAGCGAUGCCGGUUCCCACGCCUCACCCUGGCAUUCCGCGGCCCUUCCCCAUGCCGUUCACCCCCCUCCCCAUGACCUACCCCCCUUCCCACCCCACCGCCGCCGCCGCUGCUGCCGCCGCCGCAGCAGCAGCAGCAGCAGCGACAGCGGCAGCAGCAGGAAGCGGGUACCCUGCUGCGGCGCCAAUGGUGCCCACUCCCCCGGGGUACCCCCCCGUGCUGCCCCCGCCUCCCCCUGGCAUGGACCUGUCACAGAGCCUGCUGACGAAGUUGCCGCUCGGUUUGGCUGUGGAAGGCAGCAGGGUUGCGACAGGAGAGGCGUCAGGAGCGGGGGAAGGCAGCAGUGCAGCAGUCGGCGCAGUAUCGAGUGGUACAGCGCGGGAGGACGUGGUGGGGGCAGGUGCAGGGGAGAUGGGGGGAGAAGGGGGGUUGGUUGGAGGAGGAGGGGUAGGGGAGGGAGUGGGAGGGGAGGGAAUAGGGGAAGGGAUAGGGGAGGGAGAUGGGUUGGAUCUGGAGGGUACGGGGGGGUUUAAUGAUUCUUUCUGGCAGCAGUUUCUCAGUGUGGCGCCAGGGGAGGGCGAGGGGGAAGGGGAGGGCGGAGGGGAGGGGGAAGGGGAGGAUGGGGUGGUGGAUUUGAACGUGGAUGAGCUGGCAAGGGGGGUAGAGGGAUCGCUUGAGGGGGAGCAAGGAGGGUAG